AUGAAGAACACAGACCGAUCCUCUUCCCGCCUGUCCAUUCCCACCUCACCCAUCAGUUACCGCUCAUGCUCCCCCACCCCCUCUCGCGCCCCGACCGUCUCCUUCUCCCCGACUAACACGCCUUCGCUUUCGCCAUUUGUCUCGCGCACACUUUCUCAUCUUAGCGCGCAGAAAUCAGCUCACUCGCAGCCUCCGUCAGGGCAGGCUACCCCGUUCGAGGCUCCGUCGCUACCUGCUAGCGGUGGCGCGCAGUCCAAUACCGCUCAUAGGCUGCUCAUGCCGACCGUGCGUUCUACACGACCUCCAGUCUCACCCCGAUUAUCUCAGAAUAAGUCCUCGCCGUCGAAGAUUCCGAAAUCUCGGGGAGGGUCCGUAUCCACUGUUGCUGCCUUCGCGGAUCAGAGCGACCGCGCUUCGGCCAUAGGCAACACUGAUUGGAUCGGAGAUGGCUGCAAGUUUGAGCUCGUUGAGGAGCAGCUUGAGCUUGAGGGCUACCAGAUCUUUGCUGUGGAGAAGUGGGUCGUAGAACGGCGACGUCCUGUGAUAGUGUUGACUGUCUUCACGGGCGAUCCGAAAGAUAAAAUCAUUGUUACAGCUCUCAGCCCGCAAUCCACGUUGAGUCCACCAGAGGCACAGGCUGAAUGGGACAAGGCAAUACGCCAUCUUAGAAGAGAAGGAGCACGUCCGAAGGAUACGGGCAAGGGCAUCCUUAUGGUCACUUCCCUCGCCAACUUCCGCUCCGACUAUACGAUUGUACAUAUACCCCAGGGAAACUUUCUUGAUGUCCGUGAGCAACUAUACACCAAUAUUAAUCUCCUCCGCAUGGGAUGCGGUGGGCGCAGCGCGCUCACUCUCGAGGAACCGAGUGAUACAACGAAGGAUCGGUUCAUUCUGAUGUAUCAUAUACCUGAGAAGACAUAUGCUCGCUCUGGCGCGUUGUUCAACGCCACCGUCCUGGAGUUAGUCAAGCUGAUCCAAGCUGCGCUUGCGAUCUUCGACAUGUUCGACAUCUCCCCAGAGGAGCGGAACGGGCUGUUAUGCGAUGUGACAUGCGAAGGCAUUCGGCGUUGGGUGACUGAGAUCGGCGAACCGGUCAUGGAAGUUGAACAUAUGGAGAGAGUGGUGGACCCGACCGUUGUGUCGGCUCUCUUCAGCCUGAUUCUCAGUGUUCGGAACAAGCUGCAUGCGCUUGGACAUUACGUUCCGAAAGAUCCAUUCCUGGACCCGCAAGGCUUCACAAGAGCUCUUGCAACUUGUCAGACAUCCAAGCUCCACGCUCACGCUCACAACCUCGUCCAUCCGCACUCACCCAGGGCUUCCUCUCCCCCACGGGCCAACAACACCAGCCCCAAGAUUCCUUCAGCAGCUCCGUCGGCCGCCAACUCUCCCGCGCCACCUGCCAUCUAUAUGACUUUGCAACUAGUCGAGUCAAUCCAGUCCGCAUAUAUAAAGAAGUCCCGCCAGAGCGAAUCGUACAAGGUUCACCGUGUACUCAUCAACAAGCUCGAUGAUCUCGCGUCCGACCUUCGCACGAGCGCCAACGCCGUAGUCAGUCCCGACGGCGGCGGAGGCAUGUCUGUUAGCGCGUUGAACCCUACAACGGACUUGAAUGCGCUCGUGCACGUCAUCGUGGGAAGUCUGAGGGAAGCGCCGCAUAGCUUGCGCUACUUGUGGACUGGGCGGCCGGACGAGGUGGGACGAAAGAGGAAGGAGAAGGAGGCAGUGUACAGUGAUGUGGAGAAGGAUGAGCGGGAGAGGGAAUGUGAGAAAGACGGUGGGAGAGAGCGCAGCAGGGAGAGGGAGAAGGAUAUGAGGUCGUCCGGAGAAGAAAGCGAGCCUACGAAACCCUGGCCGGGUAGAGUGCAGCGCAAGAUCGAGAGCUGGGCUGCUCUAGGCAGGACGAAGAAGCUAAGCGUCGACUUCGGCGUGCUCGGGAAGGCGCUGCUGGAAUCUCCCAAUCGCGGAGGUCAAACCGAGCAGUGGGGUCAAUCUCCUGCCAUACCUUCGGUUCGCGUUACAGGAGACCCGGAUGACGAGGACCCCCUGAGCAGCGGACAGCCUUCUCCCACCUUGGGAACGACAACACCGUUCAUGGCCGGCAUGGGCUCCGUCAAGUCCGCUCAGCGCUCUGCGAGCGAGCUUUCAGAAUAUGACCGGCGGGUGACUGAGUUCAACCGGAAGCGCCCUGCGACAAAGGCGUACUACCAGUCGCGUAUCACCAGCUGGGCAGAUCCCUUCAGCGCACAAGACGAAGUAGAUGAAGACCAUAGGGGCAGACUCCGCGUCCCCUUCAGCAGCCUCCGGUACGCCGAGUCUUUGGGAGAGGAAGACGAGACUUCGGGACUGGUCAGCGAUACGGAGAUGGAGGGCACUGAUCGACGGCGCAGGCCCCCGUGUGGGCCCCGACGAUGUCGCAGCUUUGACGCAGCGACGGAGCUGCAGGACAUGCGCGUGCAGCCGAUCGAGCGGAUGCGCAUCGACGUGGAGCUCUGCGGCCAGCUGCUCAUCAUGCAUCGGCGGGACGAGCACCUCGCCAACGUCGCCUCCUGCCUCGCCGCGCUCGCGGAGCAGCUCUCGCGGACGAAUUCGCGGCUGCGGACGGACCAUGAGUCGGCGCGGGGUGCUCUGGAGGGGCUGCGCGAGCGGGAGACGGUGCUGCACGACCUCGAGGCGGCGCGCACGCGUGCGGACGCGCUCACGCAGGAGACGCAGGCGCUCGCGUACGAGUCGGCGCAGUUUCUCGUGGACGACCUUUGGCACAUGGCCGCGCAGCCGCGCCGGCGCGUGCUUGCGCUCCGCGAGAAGGCGUUCGGGACGGGUCGCCGUCAGCGUGCCGCGCAUGGGCGAUUUAACCGCGUGCAGUGGACGCUGGAUGGGCGCGAGCGGCUCGUGGAUGCUCUGGGCAGGACAGAGAGCGAGGCGGAGGCGGAGGAUGGACUGCCUGGAGAGGAGAGCUUGGAGCACGAGGAGCAGGAGGAAGAGGCCGACGUCGUGGAGCACCAGUCCCUCAGGCCGACGUGGCUGUUGAAGUUCUUCAAUUAUUGGGGCAGGAAGUGGGGGCCUUCAAGGAACGGAGACAAAGCAGCUGAGAGGGAGACAACGCAUCUCAAAGAGAGCGAAAACGAGAGGGAGCUGUCGCCCGAGCUUGGGAGGACAACCUCUGUUCCUCCACCCACAACUCCACCUCAUUUGCGGACGCGCUAUCAUGCCCAGCAUACAGCAACAUUGUAG